AUGUGGUAUUGUAAUUACGUUUUUGUGACCGAAGAAGUAGGACACAGUAUAACCGUCAAUAAUUAUGUUUUAUACAGAUGCGUUGAUGAUACUUUGGAAUCUGACGACAGAAGUAACGCUAAUACCAAUAAUACAGUCAAUGAUACAGCAGUUUGGUGCAGAAAUCCUUCGUCGUGUUCCGAAUGGAUUUAUGAUGACCCUGACAGUUUUGUGGCCGAGUUUCACUUGGCAUGCCAAGACUGGAAGAGGACUUUAAUCGGAAGCGUGCACAGCUUCGGAUACAUGAUUGGUCUACUCAUUGUCGGGCCACUAUCUGACAGAUUCGGAAGAAAAUCUUUAGUAAUUGUAACAGGCAUAGCAGGCGCAGUCUUGGGGACUAUCAAGACUUUCGUGUCGUCAUAUUGGAGUUAUGUAGCCCUUGAGUUAUUAGAAGCUGCAAUUGGAGAUUUUUGUUCGCCAUUAUACAUGCUAGGUCUUGAAAUGGUGGCAACUAAGUCGCGUGUUACUUUUUCAACUAUAUGUAACAUGGGUUACGGAAUAGGGGGACUUGUUCUGCCUCUGCUUGCCUGGCUUGUCCCUUAUUGGCGAACUUUACUAAGAGUGAUUUAUAUCCCAGGGCUACUCUCCAUAUUCCUAAUCUAUUUGCUAGACGAAAGCCCCAGGUGGCUUCUGGUCAAAGGAAAGAAAUCAGCAGCGCUAGAGAUUAUUCGAAACGCUGCCAAGAUGAAUAAAAUAGAAUUAAAAGAAAAUCUUAACUUGAUAUCUUUUGAAGAGGAUAACGAAUCCAGUUUUUUCGCCGCAUUAAGAGACACUUUUAAAUCGAGGUCUAUAUUGAAACGAGUUUUCGUUUGUAUCGUGUGGUGGAUAACAUGCACUCUCGUUAGCCACGGAAUGUCUUUAAAUUCAGUAAUAUUGCAAGGAAAUAAAUAUGUAAAUUUCGCAAUGACGUCGGUCAUGGACAUCUUGAGCUACAUUUUAGGAGCAUACAUCCUUAAGAAGUUUAACAGGACAGGCCCAUUGACAAUAUCCUUCUUGGCUUGCGCCAUCUUCUGUAUUGGGCAACCAUUUAUACCGAACAGUAAGUGA